CACAAAACAAAACAAAACGCAAGCGACUCACUUCCCAGAUCAUAGAACCUAACGAAACAGAACAAUAAUGUCUCAAAGCUCCUCAUCCUCCUUACCCUCUUGCUUCCGCCCAUCAACCAUUAAUAAGGACAAUAAGCGCUCUCCGCCCAUCUCCGCCGGAACUCCAAACCUCGCUACCUGCGGCCUCUACCACACUCCCCUCGGCCUCUUCUCCCUCACUUGGUCUCGCUCCCUCUUCGGUCACUCUCUCUAUCUCGAUCUCCUCCACCACCAUCACCACCCUUUUGACUCUCCUGAUCCUUCUCUUCCUUCCCAAUUCUCUUUCCAUCUCCACCUCAAACCUUUCAUCUUCUGGAAAAAGCAUGGGACCAAGAAGCUCAACUCCAACACCCAAAUCUUUUGGGACCUGACCAAAUCCAAGUUUGGGUCCGGACCCGAACCCCGUUCCGGAUUUUACAUCGCCGUAGUUGUUGAGAAUGAAAUGACCCUCCUUGUUGGCGACUGCACCAAAGAAGCCUACGCCAAAACCAAAGCCCGGAAGCCUAACAGUGCCCAAGUUCUCGUCUUGAAAAGAGAGCAUGUCGUUGCCAACAAAAUAUACACCACGACAGCAAGAUUUGGAGGCAGAAUGAGGGAUAUAACAAUAGACUGCGGCUACGACAAUGAUACCAGACUCUGUUUCAGCGUGGAUAACAAAAAGGUCUUGCAGAUAAAGCGCCUAAAGUGGAAAUUCAGAGGAAAUGAGAGAAUUGAAGUCGAUGGAGUGCCCGUACAUAUCUCGUGGGACGUCUACAACUGGUUGUUCAAGAAAGACAACGAAGAUGGGCGUGCUGUUUUCAUGUUCAGGUUUGAAGAAGAACAAGAACAAGAAGAAAAAGACAAGGAGGCGAAUUCUUUGAAUGAGAAGAAUGGGAUGGCUUUGUGGGCGCAACAGAGCUGGGGUUAUGGGGUCGAGUGGAGGAAGAGCUUGUCGUCGUCGUCGACAUCAAUGUCUUCGUCGGCGGGAUCAUCGGGAGGAAGUUCGGUUAUGGAGUGGGCUAGCGCGGAGGAGACUGAGUUAGGUGGUCCAUCUGGGUUUUCUUUGGUUGUUUAUGCUUGGAAGAGGUGAAGAUUGCGAAGAGGUAUCUAUUACAACAAUCUGGCAAUGCUUGAUUGAUCUUAGCCCUCAUUAACCCAUUUGUUCUGACGCAAAAGAAUAAACUAGUGAUCAACAAAAUUGAAGAUGAUUCAAACUUGAUUAUACAUACAUAGCUAGAUCUAAGAACUUCCAACUUCUCUUUCACAAAAUCAGAACAUAGAUUCUUUCUACUCGUUUGAGAUUCAAUGUAGUAACGUACUGGAAUGUUCAUUUUUGCUAUAAUUUUGGUGUAAUUAAAAGCUGUCAUACAAAUUGAUGAAGCAUCUGGUUUUAGCUCUAUAUAGUUGAAGCUUCCUCCUGGCUUCCUUGAUGACUAAAAAAAAAGAAGAACAGAAGAAAGCUAUUCUCUUUCUUUUUCUC